AUGGCCACCUCUAUCCUCGAUGAGCAGAGACAAAACUUCCUCGCAGCCAUAAAACAGGCAACAGGGAAUGACUGGAAGGUCCUGGUAUUGGACGGAACUAGCAAGAAACUGCUGUACAAUGUGGUUAAAGAGGAUGAUGUUCUCAAUUGCAACAUUAUCAACGUCGAGUUGCUGGAAGAUCGUCGCGAGCAACAGCCUGAGACUGAUGCCAUAUAUUUACUGUCCCCUCUGCCACAUAUUGUUGAGCAGCUGAAGGCAGACUUGAGCCGUCGCAGGUACCGCAGAGCCUUUUUGAUCUGGACUUCUACACUCCCCCGCUUCCUGGGCCAGGAUUUGUUCAAUGCCGAACCACGUCGUCAGCUCAUUGCUAGCACUCGGGACCUGAACAUCGAUUUCUACCCUCGGGAGUCUCACGUGGUCACCUUUCGUGCCGACUGGAGUUUCCACGUUCUCUACAAUCCGCAUUGCGACAGCAUGAUCAAAGCCCAUCUCGACAGCCUCACUCAGAAGAUUGUGUCUGUCUGUGUUUCUCUAGGCGAGUACCCACUGACUGCUCUGGACGAAUAUGCCCGCGAUCAGCGUAACAACUUUCCUCCGGCUGAUUCUCCACGACCUCGUGCUGAGCUGAUCAUCACCGAUAGAACCAUGGAUCUGAUGGCUCCUUUUGUUCAUGAGCUCACAUACCAAGCCAUGGCUAUGGACCUCCUACCCAUGCAGGACGACGGCGACAAAAUCUCCUACCGUAACGUUAUCCGAAGAGGGCAACCAGAUCAAGAAGAGAAGGAUGUGGAGCUCAAUGAAAAUGACAAGCUCUGGGUAUCAAACAGACAUAAACACAUGAAAGACCUUCUAGUCGAACUCAGUAACGACUUCAAACAGUUUCAAGCCAAGAACUCUCAAUUUGCUGACAGUGACGAUCAGCCUGUCACAGUCAAUACCAUAAAGGACAUGAUGGCUGGUCUGCCUGAGUUCCAGGAAGGCAAGGAGGCAUUCGCAUUACAUAUCGAUAUGGCCGAGAAGUGCGCAAAGUUGUUUCAGGAAAGAAAGCUGAUUGACAUCUCCACGACUGAGCAAUGCCUGGCUACUGGCAUCGAUGAAGAUGGUAAGAGACCCAGAAACCUGGCAGAUCAGGUCGUUCGUUUACUGGACGAUGACAGUAUAGUGCACGACGAUCGAGUGCGGCUGCUGGCCAUGUACAUCAUGUACAGAAAUGGCUUGCUUAGAGGUGACAUUGAGAAGCUGAGAUGUCAUGGUGAGCUUUCGCCUAUGGAUGGGGAGAUGAUCUACAAUCUCGACCUACUAGGAUCGAGGGUGGAACGACAACUGAAGGAUAAUAGUCCUGGAUUCCAACCAUUGUUUCCUCCGAAGGCGCAACAGGUUCAACCUGGAGACGAGGUUGACUUGACGCGGUUCCAGACUAAUGUGCGGAGCUUACUCGAAGGCUUGUGCAAAAAUACAUUAGACCCAGGCGUAUUUCCUCCCGUCAAACCACAUCUCGACCACUCAUCGACUGCUCAAUCAACAACGUCCUUGCGCAAGCAGGGCGCCCCGACUUGGGCAAGUACUCGUCAGCAGUCUGGCAAACCAAGACAAAGGCUGAUAGUCUUUAUGGCUGGAGGAGCAACAUAUUCCGAAGCACGUUCUUGCUAUGAGAUCGCUCGCGAGUAUGGCAAGGAGGUCUACCUAGCAACAACUCACAUGAUUACACCACGCUCCUUCACAAGGCAAGUCAGCCUGCUAAGUCGAAGCAGGCGUGAGCUUGGCCUACCUAUGGACCGUGACCCGCCUAAGAUGCCAGCGUGGAUGUCGGAACCGCCUCCUGCUGCUAUGCAGCCUAAACCACCGCAGCCGCAGAGUAUCCCUAAUGGAAAGCCGCCAGUUCAAACUCAGGCACAGCCACAGCCACAGGCACAGCCACAGCCGCCUGUAGCAGCGAUGCAGAAGAUGAACUUGGCACCACAGGGCCAGCCCCAGGUCAACAAUCGACCCAGCUCGUCCAAGCAGGAAACCAAACACGAUUCAAAACACGAGCCUCCCAAGAGCACUUUCAAGACGCCAGCUGAAUUGGCCAAGGAGAAGGCGGAAGGCAAGAAGGAGAAAAAACAUCACUUCAAAGUAUGGAAGAACUGA